AUGACCAUUGAAAACAAAGAUGACGCCUUCUCAGGCCUCAUGAAGAGUCUCAAUAUCGAUGUUAGUGAUUACAACCACACAGAGCUCGCCAGGUUGGACUAUAAGCGUUUAGCCGAGGUCAAACAAGAAGUAGAGUUCCAACUCUCUUCCCUCUUUGAUACAUUGAAGCACCGUUGCAAUUGUGAUAUGGAGCUGCCGCUUGUGGUGGAUGGUUUCCCACGAAGCGACGUUGACGUGAUGACCGUCAGACUCAUCCGUACCAAGAUCAUUCGUCUACGAAACGACCAUAAGUGCAUUUUGGGUCUUCUUGAGGAGCAGUUGGUCAAGCAGCUACAAAGAGCUCCAGGUGCUGAAAGUGCUGGAAAUGAAACCACACGGGCUCCACCAUCGAGCAUUAUUCCAUUUGCGUUGGUGAAGAGUGUAGCUGGCAGCAGUCCAGCUGAAAAGUCUGGGUUGAAGGAGAAUGAUAAGAUUGUUUUAUUUGGAGGCGAUGUGCAUGCUGGCAACCACAACAAGUUGAGUGCUGUGGGAAAUAAAGUGAAAAAUAGCGUGGGGAAGGAGAUUGUGGUGGAUGUGCUCCGUGGACAGAAUAAGGAAACGCUUAUUUUGGUCCCCACGUCCGACUGGCCCGGCCAGGGCCUUUUGGGAUGUCAUAUCGUGCCUUACUAG